GUCUAAUGGGUUUUAUCACUGUAGUUUAUCAAGUGACCCAUCCGUAGCUUCAGUUGGUGCAGGUCCUUUCCCUCAUUUCCCGCCUGUCUCCCGCGCGUGGACUCGGGCUCCCUCAGCCCUCCUUCCAGACUACGUUCAUUAUUACACCAUUGGGCCAGGCAUGUUACCAUCAUCUAAGAUCCCUAGCUGGAAGGACUGGGCCAAACCAGGCCCAUACGACCAACCAAUGGUGAACACAUUGCAACGUCGCAAAGAAAAGCGCGAACCAGACCUCAAUGGAGGAGCUCAGAGCGGGCCACCCGUGCCCCCUGAGGAGGCCCAGAGACCUCGGAGCAUGACGGUGUCGGCUGCCACAAGGGGUGAGGAGAUGGAGGCCUGCGAGGAGCUGGCGCUCGCUCUGACGAGAGGGCUGCAGCUGGACACCCAGAGGAGCAGUCGGGAUUCCUUGCAGUGCUCCAGUGGCUACAGCACCCAGACAACAACUCCGUGCUGUUCAGAGGACACCAUCCCGUCUCAAGGUCUGCCAACCACGCUUGGACCGGUCAUAGUCACCCCCGGCGUCGCCACCAUCAGACGGACCCCUUCCACCAAGCCUUCGGUCAGACGCGGCACCAUCGGGGGAGGUCCGAUUCCGAUCAAGACGCCGGUGAUUCCUGUCAAAACACCGACUGUCCCCGAUGUCCCAGGGGGGCUGCCCGGCGCCCUCGCUGGGACAGAAGAAUGUCCCGAGCAGAGUCCCGAGUCUCCGGCAGCGGGAGAUGGUGGGCAAGGGGUCGCCAGCAUGCCCUCAUCCUCGUGGAGCGGACAGGCGUCUGUCAACCCUCCGCCGUCGAGCCAGAAACUGGGUGCUGCCGAGGAGCAGAGGCAAGCGGUGCCCGAGAGCGAGGGGGAGGAAAGCGAGCGGGAUGGCGUCGGCCCCCUCGCGCCCGCGGGCCAGCCGGAGCUUGACCCCGGGGAGCUGAGUCCCGGGGACGUCCCGCAAGGUGAGGAUAUGCUGAACGCCAUUCGGCGCGGGGUCAAACUGAAGAAGACGACCACAAAUGAUCGCUCAGCACCUCGUAUCUCCUAGGAGUGGAGAAGCUGCCAGAGUACUAGCUGCCGAGAAGGAACUGUGAGGAAAUUAAUUUGUCUCUAUCCAUUCCAAUCUGUAAUCAAUUAAUUUUUUAAGAUACUCGGUAACAGACAGUCUAAAAGUACUCUGAAAGAGAAAACAAGGUGAAAGAGCGUAGUAAGACAUAAUCUUCACUGGUGUUUUAAUUUGUAAAUAUCAAUGAUUUUGUUUCUGCAUUUUUUUGAUCUCAGUUACACUUUUCAUUUUUUCUGAAGGUGCCAAAACCCAUUUACCUUUUUUAUAACUCUCUUUGUAAAGUUUUAAAUCAUAGGAGAAAAAAAAAAAAA